AUGUCUAAAAUCCUUGUCACGCGCCAUGUCGGCGAACAUGCCAUGAGAAUCCUGGAGAACUCUGGGUAUGAGCUAAUAAUCAACCCAGAGGACUCUGAACCUUCGCGAGAAUGGGUUUUAAAGCAGCUAGCAGAUCCCGCUGUGAAGGCUGCGUGCAUCAUGCACAGUCAGCCUAGUGAUAAAGUGGACGAGGAGCUUAUUGACAUCUGUAACCAGAAUCUGAAAUGUAUCUCGACUUUUAGCGUUGGUUAUGGUGAGAGGGACAUGAAACGACCUAAUAGUACAGUCGCCGACAUCACCGUUAUGCUCGUACUCAUGACCUUGCGUAAGGUUGGAUAUGGUAUUGAUCUGGUUCGACGGGGUGAUGUGAGUGAAAGACUUCUGGCCCGGGCUAACGUUUCGCAGUGGCCACAAUUGCCAUGGGCACCAUUCGUCCUCUGCGGACAUUCCAUCGGUCAUCCCGGACUUACGAUUGGCUUCCUCGGCUUUGGUCGGAUCCCUCAAGCCGUGGUGGACAGGCUUCUCGCUUUCACCAACAAAGAUCAACCCGCCCGCAUCUUGUACACUUCGUCGAGGGCUAGGGAUAACCAAGAUGAGAUUGAUGCUGGAUUCUCAAAGAGAUACGGCGUACAAGUCAAACGUGUGGAAAAAGAUGAGCUCGCGAGAGAGGCAGAUGUUCUGAUCGUGCUAUGCAAUCUAAAUCCAUCGACAAAGGAUCUUGGUCCCGUCGUCAACUCUGAAGAUCUUUACAACGCUUUGAAAUCAAGGCAGAUAUGGGGCGCAGGUUUAGAUGUUCUCACAGGGGAACCGAAUAUCAAACCGGACCACCCACUGUUGCAUCUGGACAACUGCUCGGCAGACUACGACACCAGGGACAAAAUGGCAGAAUUGUGUGUGCGAAAUGCUAUUGCAGGGGCCACAGGUAAGGCAUUGCUGGCAGAGGUGGAGGAAUGA